AUAGCUAUGGCCAUUGACAGGUAUGUUGCCAUAUGCAAACCCUUGCACUACAAGACCAUCAUGAGUCACAGGGUGCUCACUGGGUUUCUGCUGCUCUCAUGGGUGAUUGGGCUUAUCCAUAGUACAAGCCAGAUGGUUUUCACUGUGAAUUUACCUUUCUGUGGUCCCAAUGUAUUGGACAGCUUUUUUUGCGACCUGCCCCUGGUCAUCAAGCUUGCCUGCACUGAUACUUAUAUCCUAGAGCUCUUGGUGAUUGUAAACAGUGGAUUUCUGUCCCUGAUCUGCUUCAUUCUCCUUCUCAUAUCCUACGCUGUCAUGCUGGUCACCAUCUGGCAGCGCUCCUCCAGUGCAUCCUCUAAGGCUCUGUCUACACUCUCUGCUCACAUCACUGUAGUCACUCUCUCCUUUGGCCCUGCCAUCUUCAUCUAUGCUUUCCCAUUUAAUCGUUACUCUGUAGAUAAAUUUCUUUCUGUAUUUUGCUCUAUCAUCACUCCUCUCCUUAAUCCAAUUAUUUAUACUCUUAGGAAUCAGCAAAUGAAGGCAGCCAUUAAGAGACUGAGCAACCAGCACAUUGGUUCCUGGCUCACCCCCUAA